AUGUCCAAUCUGCUUCCAUUUAGCAAUAAAACUGGCUGCCCCAGCAACUUAUACAACAUCCUCCUGAACUACAUCGAGGAACGAGAAAUUGGUAUACAAUUCGCGGACAGUCAAGUUAGCAAGACUAUGUCUAGGGGAUGCAUUCAGGGUUCGGUAAUUGGCCCCACUUUGUGGAACCUUAUCUUGGACCAACUGCUCUUAACACCUCUACCGGACGGAUGCCAUCUCCAGGCGUACGCUGACGAUAUAUUUCUAAUAGCGCACUCUAAAAGUCACACCAUACUCGAAAAUAUCAUCAAUAUUGCACUGGACCGAAUUACCAGCUGGGGCGAAAGCGUCAAGCUGGAGUUUGGGCCAGACAAAACGCAAACAAUAGCAUUUACAAAUAAAGCCGCCAAAUGCAAACUGUUCAUGAAGGGCCUUAGGCUCACAUAUACGGACCACAUUAAAUAUCUCGGCAUUAUAAUAGACCAGCGACUCACUUUUACAAAACAUGUAGAUUAUAUCAUCAAUAAGGUUAAAACCCUUUACAACAAACUAAGUAUCUUCAUAAGGCCAACCUGGGGCGUACAUUCAGAGAACGUUCGUACAAUCUAUGAACACGUCAUAGAGCCCAUUAUCUGCUACGGGGCGGGAAUCUGGACAUGUGCCCAAAAAUAUAAAUACAUUACUCAACGCCUCCUUUCUAUUCAAAGACUGUUCGCAAUAAAGAUCAUCCGGGGUUUCAGAACGGUCAGCACCGCCGCUGCAAUCACUCUCUCACAGCUUACCCCGCUUCCAGCAAAGGUCGCAAUGGUUGCUGAUAUUGAGACCACUAAACUCUCUGGUACAACAUCUUUUCUACCCCGAGAUAUCAACAUCGAGAAACCCUGUCAUCCGUCCAAAUUUCUCCACCCGUCUGAAAGGAUCGGCAUUCAGUUUGAGGAAAUCACCUCCUCAUCAGAUCUGAAUCAGGCUGGUGCCAAUCAUACCUGGCUCAUAUAUACUGAUGGAAGCAAAAUUGACGACUGCGUAGGGGCUGCAUUUGUCGUCAAAGACUCAACCAACUCACAACCACCAGUCGUCAAGAGGCUCAAACUUCAUGGUGGCUGCUCAGUGUUCCAAGCAGAAAUGCUCGCUAUACAGAGGGCUUGUAAAUACAUACUUGACUUUCAACUCCCAAACGCACUCAUACUCUCUGAUAGCAGAUCCGGCCUCACAGAGUUGCAAAAUGGCAGCACCCAUAACCAGUUGGCCGUUGAUAUUCACCGACUGCUAUACCAAGCCCGCUCAUCCAGCUUAGACAUCGAAUUCGCGUGGAUCAAGGCCCACGCUGGAUUCGACGGCAAUGAGGAGGCAGACUCGGCGGCUAAGGCUGCUGCCAAGAUGCAUAAAUCACCGGACUACCGAGCCGUCCCUAUUAGCCUGGUUAAACACCAUAAUAGACACAUAUGCGAAGUAUCGGCCGAGAAAUUAUAUAUGGACCCUAAUACCUGUGUCCAUACAAGAUCUCUCCUGCCUUCGUUUAACACCCUACGGGAGUUCACAAAGAUCAUCCGACCGGACUUCGCAAUUACCCAAGUGUUAACCAACCACGGAUAUCACAAAAGCUACUUAAAACGUUUCCACAUCGUCGCAGAUGACCACUGUCCUUGUGACGACCAAACGCCACAAACAUGGGAACAUCUUCUUACACAAUGCCCUAGAUUCGUCACACAACGCCACAUCCAUGAAACCACUUCUCGCUUGCUUAACGUAAAUCCUUACAAUCUAAUAGAUAUAACCAAAAAAGAAGAAACUACCAAUAGCUUUAAAAUAUACAUAACCUAUAUAGUAAACAGCCUGAAAGAUUUUAAUAAAUGA